AUGGCCGGUAUGACUAUUGAGCCGGGCCUCCAUUUUGGGCCCGAUAGACCUGGCCCAAUGCCCCAGAGAUUCAAGCCAGUGUCAGUACCCUCUCCCAUCCCCAUCUGGCGCCAUCUGAAGCUGACAUGGCGCUUUAGCAUUCUCGCCAUCGACGUGGGAACCGAGUCCACCCGUGUGACGCUCUGCUACCAUGACGGAGUCAAGGAUGUCUUCGUCGAUGUUCCCGGCCCGAACGGUCCCAAGGGCCCCAAUGGCUACGAGUUCCCUGGAGUCACCAGCCUUCCGGGUAACCUCAGUGACGAUGGUUCUGGCCUAGGUGUCGAGCGCACCAUUCCGACCAAGUACUUAAUCUACCAGUUUGCCAAGUCUUCAACUUCCCUCCAGGAAACCACCAACAUCACCAUUCCCGAGAAAAUAGCCGACCGCAUUCAAACCACCUUCCUGAACGUGAUGAAGAGCGGAGAGGUCCUCUGGAGAUUCCAGGUUCUCGAGAAGAUACUCCCCCUCAUUGAGGAGUACUUCACGAAAAUCGGCACCGCGGUGGCAUCGUUCUGCCAGGAGCACGGAUACAUCGUUACGAGCGUCGUCGCUACCCAUCCGCACCGCGAUAACACGGCUCUGCAAGAGAUUUAUCGAAAAAUCCUCCGAGCCAUGUCUCCUACCGCGCCGAAAUGGAUGAACGCCUUCAGCUUGGUUGAAGAGACCCAUGCCUUGGGCCACUACCUGCUCCACCACCCUAUCCGUUGGACCAAAAUGGAUGGAGAGAUGCCUCAGCGGCUGCUCGUUCUUGACUUUGGUGCGCAUUGCCUGCGCGCAGUUGUCUUCCAUCUCAAGUGGACGACCUCAGAGGACGGCAGCUUCAAGAAACUCGACUUCUACUCCGUCGACACUGGUAUGGAGCAUCAAGACAUAAGCUCGCCCGACGCUUAUGGAGGCGUUGAUUAUCACGCCUACCUCAUCGAGCAGACUAUUCGAUCUGACAUUGGCGGAGAGAACAUGGCUCCAGACGAGGCUGACAAGCUUGAGACUAUUGUCAAGGCGAUGAUGACACACUUCCACGAGAAACACAAGGCGAGGGAGAUCGGCGAAGGAGUAUUUAAGCUGCGCGGCGCAAACUACACUUGGAAGUGCAACGUCAAUGACUCGCGGAAGCACUUCCGAAGCGCCUAUUUCAAUGCCUUGGUUACCAUAUAUCAGUACCUGGUCAACAUGUGUCGCCUCAAGGGAGGCCGGAAAGUUAAGACUGCCAUUGCUCUCACUGGUAGUAGCUUCAACAACAAAUCUGUCCUCAAGGUGGCCAACGACUUGAUUCAGCAGGUUACGGGUGGCGGAAAGUUGAGCUUCUUCCACGGCCACAGCCAGGCCGACUUCCCUUCGACUGCUACCGCCAGAGGCGCAGCCCUGGCAAAGAUGUAUCAGAAGACUGUCCGCCAGUUCUUGGAUGAAGGCGCUGCAUUCGCCCUUCAAAGCCAAUCCCCCACCGCGAUAGAGACUUCGCCUCUCCUCCUUCACAACGGGAAAUCCAACAAGGUCAAAGUCCGUAAGGGCACUCUGAGAAUGACUAUCGUCUGCAAGCCUCGCUAUGCUUCCGACGACGGCAACCACCACCGGCUCAAGGCCGAGGACGGCAACUACACCCUCUGUCAUCUGCCCAUAAUCGCCAACGGCUGGGUCAACGAGUACACGCUCAGUUACUCCGGUUCCGAGCCGCGACCGGGCGAGUUCCUGAUCCUCGACGUUACCUCGACGGGUGCUGGCGCCAUCCCCGGUCCGCUCUAUCGCCGCUUCAGGAUCCCUGUCCAUAUGGAUCCUGGUGGUAGAAUCCUGAAGAUGGACGCAGACUAUGAGUUGUAGCCUGACA